CUCCAAGCAACUCCAACUCAACUCAACCCAUCUCAGCUCAAUCCAGCUUCCGCGCUGCACUCUACAACAUUACCAACAACCACCACACCUACACCUACGCCCACGACAUCGACCUACCCUACAAUCUCCAUCUCCAUCUCCACCUCCACCUCCACCUUCCUUUCUCACCCCGACCUACAAACCAAAACAAACAAACCCCCGAACAACUCCCCCGAAAUAAACCCAACACCUCAACACCUUGACUAGGAAGAACACAGCCAUGUCCUCACCGCACGAAUCCCCCUCCUUCCAACCACCACCACCACCACAACAACCACAACAACCACCAACCCCCUCCCAACAACCAAACCCCUCCGAGCAACAACCCCCCCAAACCCAACCCCAAAAACUCCCCAUCCACACCAACCACUGCCGCUACUGUAACCACCUCCUCCUCGCGACCACCCGCGAAAUCCCGACGCUCCCGCGCCGCAAACCCCCAGCCCAGGAUGCCGCGCUGAUCCUGCCGCUGCCCCGCGCGGAGGAAGAGGACGAACUCGACACCGAAAACAACAACAACAACAACAACAACAAAGCCGAAGAUACCGCCGCCGCCGCCAAACAACCCCAGCCCCACUACACGAUCCUCCUCUCCACCACCAUCCCCGACCGGAAGCCCACCGUGGUGCGGCGGGAGGACGGGUUCGAGAAGCGCCGGCUGCUCCGGUGCGGGCGGUGUCGCGUCGUGGUCGGGUAUUUCUUGGAUGCGGUGCAUUUUCCGUCCGGGGGGGUCGGGGGGACGGCAGAAGGAGAUGAAGAUGAGGAGGAAGGGGAGGGGCAGCGGGCGAAGGUGGUGUAUCUGCUGCCGGGGGCGUUGAUGGAGACCGGGGUGAUGGAGGCGAAUGAUGUCGAGAACUUGAGGGCGAUGGAUCGGGAGUGGGCCGGGUGGAUGGAGAGUUCGUGA